AUGUCUGCGGACAGCACUACAACAACAGGCAACGAGUCGCCCUUGACGGACGACGCCUCCCAGCGUGCAGAACAACUUCUGGAACGCCGCCAACAUCUUACCGACGCGCUGACCGGCCUUCCCUAUGACUUGAUUCUAUACCUCGAGCGCGCCGUGGUUCACUCGGAGCUGGCCUAUCCCGAUCUCGCCGCGGGUGACGCUUACCGCGCUCUGCUUCUUGCUGACGAGGUCCUCAACGAGGGCUUUGAGUAUCACGAGCAAGCCGUCGAAAGCCUCCAGUCACGUCCUCUGGACCCUUUGCCCCUUGUUCUCGACCACGGGCACUUACUACACAUUGGAAGCGACUAUGCUGACGAUGAGGCCAAAGACCAGACCGGUCUGGUUGCGCACGUGGCCAAGCUGUCCUCCGUGCGCGCUUUCCAGAUCCUGUCGCUCAGCCUUCUACUGUGCGGCUGUCUGAAGAGCGCCUACGAUUUUUGCGAGCGGGGCCUGACGCUCGCUCCCACAAACGACGAGUUGCUGCAGACGAUGGAAUACAUCAAGGACAUGGCUCGCCGUAGACUUCGCAAGAAAGACUUCAACCCCAAUGUCCUGCCAGAAUGGGGACUUGUGCGGAGAGAAGUCUACCCCUGGAACUCGUACGAGCCCGAUCGCUUUGCGCCCGAGUCUCUCGACUUCCUCAACGCCGAGUUGUCUAAAUUUGCGCCCAAGUGCGCCGUCCAGGUGUCCCAGCUUCCUGUUCUGUUGGAGGGAGCCAGCGAGAUGGACGACUGCGAGUUCAUACCCACCUGCAACCAGCUGGGCCUCUUCGUCAAGGAAGACAUUGCGCCAGGGGAAACCGUCCUGGACGAGUACUCGCUUCUGACCGCUAACAACCGUCUCAAAGAGCCGGUUUGCGACGCAUGCAGCGCCGAGCUGCCGCCCUUGGGCCACGAGCCCGGCGCUGUCAAUUGCGACGAAUGCUACGACACGGUUUUCUGCAGCCAACGCUGCCACGAUCUAGCGCAAGAGGCAUACCACCCUGCUGUCUGCGAAAAGGAUGUUGAUGCUAUCGCCAAAGACCCUGACGCGUCGGAAGCAGACGAGACUUUACACUUGCUGCUGCUGGCUCGCAUCUUGGCCAUAUCCAACCAUCAGGGUAUUCAUCCCCUGGAUGUGAUGCAGAUAAAGUACAUCUGGGGCGACUUUGUGCCCUCGGCAUCCAACGAAAUCGAGAUAUCACCGUCUGCGAACCCGCCGCCGAAUUGGACGUUGCCUUUCUCGUUCAAGUACAACAUCGAGACGCCUUUCCACAUCCUCGAGAAGAUGGAUGUCGACAUCUACGCCACUCUCAACGAACACGACUUAUGGGUCCUGAACACGCUCUACAGCAAGUUCCGCGGUACGGCGUCGGCACGCAAGAACCCUCGAGACGGCCGACCCGAUGUAGCAGCGGUGCAUCCCUUCUGGUGCCUGGCCAAUCACGACUGCAACCCGAACGUUACAUGGGAGUGGGGUGGGCGCAUGCUGCUCUGGGCGCGAAACGAAAGGAUCGUGGGCAACAUUCCGGGUGGCCUCAAGGCUGGAGACGAGGUGCUGAACCACUACUGCGACAUCACGCUCCCGGUUGAUCAGCGGAGAGAAUGGGCCAAAGGGAGCCUUGGCGGAUGGUGCAUGUGCCAACGAUGCCGAGAUGAGUCCGCCGCCGCCGAAUCAGCCGCUACCAACGGCCAGACCGCCUAG